AAGAGAGUGGUAGGUGGGAGUGGGGUCUGACCGCAAAGUGUCUACUGUUUAAAAGAAAGGGACUUCUCCCUCCCUCUCUCUCUCUUCCUCUCAUUCCCUCUCUCAGCAUCAGCAGACAUACACUGGCUGGAUGGAGCACUCUCACUGAGCGCUAAGAGACGGGGGGAAUGACAGGACUGUCAUCUGUCUAAAGAAAAUUAAAUAGCACUUCAAGAGUUCCUGAUGUUUUUAACCUUUCGUUUGGCAACACAUCGCAGUUCCCUAGACGGAGGCACGUCUCUGAGCCUGUAGAGGAGGAUUGGUCUCACUAAGGAUCAAACCCACAUCUCCAGUAUCUUAAAACAGUUUGAACAAUCCCAGUAAGAAGAGUCAAAGAGCAAAUCAUCAUGGGGAUGCCAGGCCUGUUACUGGCCUGUAUGGCAGUAGCCAUGUUAGUUCAUCUCUCUAGUGCUGGUCUGGUAAAAAGAGUAAUUAGACACAGAAGAGAAUCACUGUCACCGACCACUGAGAACUUGACCCUCCCAAGUCCUGAUCAGCCUGUGGUUUUCAAUCAUGUAUACAACAUCAAUGUUCCCUCUGGGUCCCUGUGCUCCGUGGACUUGGAUUCACCUGGAACAACACCAGUGAAGCCAAAACCGGCCAAUGUGCAGUCUGACCAACACAUAGAACACACCAUGGACGGAGAGAAUCAGAUUGUUUUCACGCAUAGGAUUAACAUUCCUAAGAAAGCUUGCGGUUGUGAUAACCACAUGCCUGACCUGAAGGAUCUUCUGAACAGGCUGGAAAUGCUGGAGGCAGAGGUGUCCAGUCUAAGAGAGCAGUGCACCAGUGGAACAGGCUGCUGUGGUGCUCAGGUUACAGCAGGUGAAGUCACAACCAAACCCUACUGCAGUGGCCGUGGAAACUACAGCACUGAGACCUGCAGCUGUGUGUGUGAGCCCGGUUGGAAGGGAGUCAACUGCUCUGAGCCAGAAUGCCCUAACUUUUGCCAGGAUCAAGGCCGCUGUGAAGAUGGCAAGUGCAUCUGCUUCGAGGGCUUCGGCGGUGAGGACUGCAGCAGCGAGCUGUGCCCUGUGGACUGCAGUGAGAAUGGAGAAUGCAUCGAUGGGGCUUGCAUCUGUGCUGAGGGCUUCAUCGGUGAGGACUGCAGUUUUACCAACUGCCUAAACAACUGCCUCGGCAGGGGGCGCUGUGUGGAUGACGAAUGUGUAUGUGACGAGCCUUGGACAGGCUUUGACUGCUCUGAGCUCAUCUGUCCCAACGACUGCUACGACCGUGGCCGCUGUGACAAUGGAACCUGUUAUUGUGAAGAGGGCUUUACUGGGGAGGACUGUGGGGAGCUUACCUGCCCCAAAAAUUGCAAUCACCGUGGCAGGUGCGUAAAUGGACAGUGCGUCUGCAACAUUGGCUACAGCGGAGAUGACUGCUCCAGGCUAACCUGCCUCAAUGACUGCAAUCAGAGAGGGCACUGCUUCAAUGGGAAGUGCAUAUGUGAUCCUGGGUUCGAGGGUGAGGACUGCAGCAUUCUUUCCUGCCCUGAAAACUGCAAUGACAGGGGACAGUGCAUCAACGGUGAGUGUAUUUGUGAUGAUGGAUAUGAAGGUGACGACUGCUCUGAGCUUUCUUGCCCCAAUAACUGUCACGAUCGUGGCCGAUGCGUCAACGGGAAGUGCAUUUGCAAAGUUGGCUUUACCGGAGAAGACUGCAACAUCAAGACCUGUCCCCAUGACUGCCAUGGACACGGAGAGUGUGUGGACGGCAAAUGCAUUUGCCACAAUGGCUUUGCUGGAGAACACUGUGGCAUCAAGACCUGUCCCCAUGACUGCCAUGGACACGGAGAGUGUGUGGACGGCAAAUGCAUUUGCCACAAUGGCUUUGCUGGAGAACACUGUGGUAUCAAGACCUGUCCCCAUGACUGCCAUGGACACGGAGAGUGUGUGGACGGCAAAUGCAUUUGCCACAAUGGCUUUGCUGGAGAACACUGUGGCAUCAAGACCUGUCCCCAUGACUGCCAUGGACACGGAGAGUGUGUGGACGGCAAAUGCAUUUGCCACAAGGGCUUUGCUGGAGAACACUGUGGUAUCAAGACCUGUCCCCAUGACUGCCAUGGACACGGAGAGUGUGUGGACGGCAAGUGCAUUUGCCAUGAUGGUUUUGCUGGUGAAGAUUGCAGCAUCAAAACCUGUCCCAAUGACUGCCAUGAGCGUGGACAGUGUGUGGAUGGCAAGUGUGUUUGCGAUGAUGGUUUUGCUGGAGAAGACUGCAGCAUCAAAACCUGUCCCAAUGAUUGUCAUGAGCGUGGACAGUGUGUGGACGGCAAGUGUGUUUGUCAUGUUGGUUUUACAGGCCAUGAUUGCAGCGAAUUGACUUGCCCCAAUGACUGCCAUAACAGAGGACUUUGUGUAAAUGGCCAAUGUGUGUGUAACAGCGGGUUCACUGGGGAGGACUGUGGUACAAAGACGUGCCCCAACAACUGUCUGGACCGUGGCUACUGUGAAGAUGGAAAGUGUGUCUGCUCCGAGGGCUACACCGGUGAAGACUGCUCUGUUCUCACCUGCCCAGCAAACUGCAAUGAUCAAGGCCAAUGUCUGAAUGGAAUGUGCAUAUGUGAUUUAGGCUUCACUGGCGACGACUGCUCUGAAAUCUCCCCACCCAGAGACCUGACUGUGACUGAGGUCGAUCCAGAAACAGUGGACGUUGCCUGGGUCAAUGAGAUGCUUGUGACGGAGUAUCUUAUCACCUAUGUGCCUACGACUCCAGGCGGUUUAGAGAUGGAAAUGAGAGUUUCCGGUGAAAAGAAGACAGCCACUAUUAGUGAUCUCGAGCCUGGCAUAGAGUACCUAAUCAGUGUCUUUGCUGUCCUGAACAGCAAGAUGAGCGUCCCUGUCAGUGCCAGAAUAGCCACACAUCUUCCUGAACCUGAGGGUCUGAAAUUCAAAUCGGUUAGAGAGUCCUCAGUGGAGGUUGAAUGGGACCCCUUGAACAUCCCGUUUGAUGGCUGGAACCUCAUCUUCAGAAACACAAAAGAAGAGGAUGGAGAGAUUUUGAACUCUCUCACCGCUCCUGAGACCACCUUUGAGCAGUCUGGUCUUGGACCUGGACAAGAGUAUGAAGUCAAGCUUGAGGUGGUAAAGAACAACACUCGUGGACCACCAGCCAGCAAGAACGUUGUCACAAUGAUUGAUGCUCCCAGUCAGGUGGAUGUGCGUGAUGUGACAGACAGUACAGCCCUUAUAACCUGGUUUCAGCCUGUAGCUCAGGUGGAUGGGAUCUCUGUGUCCUAUGGUCCAAUCACAGAUAUAGACAGGAAAAAAAUCGAGCUUUCCUCCAUGGAUACCCAGUACCAUCUGGCUGAGCUGAACCCUGACACCGAGUAUGAGGUCUCUCUCAUGGCCCGCAGGGGAGAGUUGACCAGCUUUCCGGUCUCGGAGACCUUCACAACAGACCUUGAUGCCCCCAGCAACCUCAAGGCAGUUGAACAGACAGAUGAGAGCAUAACUCUGGAGUGGAAAAACAGCAUAUCUGAUGUCCUCAAUUACCGCGUCAAAUACGGCCCACUUUCUGGAGGGGAGCACGGAGAACUGGUCUUCCCCAGCGGCCCGCAAGAUACCACUCAGGCUAAAAUCACUGGCCUUAGGCCCGGGACAGAGUAUGGAAUGGGUGUGACGUCAAUCAAAGAAGAGCGUGAGAGUAUGCCUGCUACAACCAAUGCUGUGACUGAUAUUGACUCUCCCAAAGACCUUGAAGUAAGUGAAACCACAGAGACCACAUUGGUACUGGUUUGGAGGAGGCCGGUCGCCAAAAUCGACAACUAUGUGCUAGUCUUUACAUCUGCGGAUGGCACAGAAACUGAAUUGGAGGUACCUCUUACUGUCAAUACCUACACCCUGACUGACCUGAAUCCUGGAAUGCUGUACACCAUCAGUCUAUCUGCCAAGAGAGGAAGAAAGAUGAGUGCGCCAGCCACUCUGUCAGCAUCCACAGAUGAAGAGAAGCCUCAGGUGGGCAACAUCACCAUCUCUGAUGUGUCCUGGGACAGCUUCAGUAUGUCCUGGGAGCUGGACAGAGGAGAGGUUGAGAGCUUUCUGGUUGAAGUAUCUGACCCAGAUGGCUUAUCUGAUGGUCAGAACCACACUUUAUCCAGUCAGGAGUUCAGCCUGGCUGUCACUGACCUCUCCCCUAGUACUUUCUACAGGGUCACACUGUAUGGGCUGUACAAGGGAGAGCUCUUAGAUCCUGUCUUUGCUGAAGCCAUCACAGAAGCUGAACCUGAAGUGGAGCAUCUCUCGGUCUCAGACAACACCCCGCACAGCUUUAAACUGACAUGGACAGCACCAGACGGCAUCUUUGAUACAUUCACUAUCAAAGUCGGGGAUUCUAACGCCCUGGGUCAACCUCUCCAGUUGAGUGUGUCUGGAGACAAGCGAACAGAAGCGGUGACAGGUCUCAAAGAAGAUACAGAGUAUGACAUCGAGCUCUUUGGAAUCAUUUCGGGACGGAAAUUCAAGCCCCUUUUGUCUGUAGCACGAACAGGUCUGGGAACACCCAAGGAGAUACGCUUUUCUGAUGUGACUGAUACAUCGGCCACUGUUCACUGGACUUUGCCCCGUACCCAUGUAGACAGCUACCGGGUCACCUAUGUGCCCAUUCAGGGUGGCAGCCCUAUGACACUGAGAGUAGAUGGAGGAGAGUCUCAAGCCAUGCUGCCUAAUCUGACCCCUGGAGUGACCUACCAGGUCACUGUCAUCGCUGUGAAGGGCUUGGAGGAGAGUGAACCAGGAUCUGAUAGAGUCACGACAGCCCUGGAUAAACCACGAGGUCUGACAGCAGUCAACAUCACCGACACUGAAGCUCUGCUGCUGUGGCAGCCGUCCAUUGCUACUGUGGAUGGAUAUGUCAUCACUUACAGCGCAGACAGUGUGGCUCCAGUGAUGGAACGGGUGUCUGGGAACACUGUGGAGUUUGAGAUGAGCUCCCUCACACCUGCCACCCUGUACACUGUUAAAGUUUAUGCUGUCAGAGAAGCAGCCAAGAGCGCUGCAACCAGCACAGAGUUCACCACAGAUGUCGAUGCCCCUCAGAAUCUGGCUGCCAGUAAUAUUCAAACAGAAAGUGCUAUGUUGACAUGGAAGCCACCAAGAGCAGACAUCAGUGGGUACAUCCUCAGCUUUGAGUCUGCUGAUGGCAUUGUCAAGGAGGUUGUCCUUAGCCCCACGGCAACAUCUUACAGCAUGACUCAGCUGACUUCCUCCACUGAGUACACAGUCAGACUGCAGGCCAUCGCUGGGCCAAAGAGAAGCAAAAUCAUCUCGACAGUCUUCUCCACCAUUGGAGUGCUAUACAAGCAUCCUAAAGACUGUUCGCAGACUCUGUUAAACGGAGAAACAACCUCAGGCCUGUACACUGUUUACCUGCGUGGAGACGAGAGUCAGCCUCUGCAAGUCUACUGUGAUAUGACCACUGAUGGAGGCGGCUGGAUUGUGUUUGUGAGACGACAGAGCGGUAAAGUGGAGUUUUUCAGAAACUGGAAGAACUACACUGCAGGCUUCGGUGACCUGAAUGAUGAAUUCUGGUUGGGUCUCUCUAACCUCCAUAAGAUCACCUCCUCUGGGCAGUAUGAGCUGCGUGUGGACCUCAGAGAUAAGGGCGAGUCUGCAUAUGCGCAGUAUGACAAGUUUUCAGUCUCAGAACCACGCAGUCGCUACAAAGUGCAUGUUGGAGGAUACAGCGGCACUGCAGGUGACUCAAUGACGUAUCACCACGGCCGUCCAUUCUCGACCUACGAUAAUGACCACGAUAUAGCUGUCACCAACUGUGCUCUGUCUUACAAGGGAGCUUUCUGGUAUAAAAACUGUCAUCGAGUGAAUAUAAUGGGACGAUAUGGAGACAACAGUCAUAGCAAGGGUGUAAACUGGUUCCACUGGAAGGGUCACGAGCACUCUAUCGAGUUUGCAGAGAUGAAGAUCAGGCCCGCCAACUUCAGGAAUUUUGAGGGAAGGAGAAAGCGAUCGUAAACCAAUGCGCUCCAGCUCGAACCAAGCAACCCUCCACUGCUGACCACUUGUCCCUUGUUUCUCCUGCAUCAUCUCAUCCCCUUCAUCUACCAAAGUCACUGCCAGGAGCCCAGCCUGCUCUUCACCCCCCCCCCCCCCAUUCAAACCUACAGUCCAUACACAGUUGUGUGUGUACCACUUCUGUGCAUGUCAGUCUGACAGUGAACCAAUAGACUCAUAGUGAAGUGUUUAACAUUACACACUGUGCCUGUACAUCAUAAGCACACCAAAGACAGACAGUCCAGUAACACCUAUACGAUACAAUACCUACGGAGAGGAGAUUUUGAGUUUGGCUUGGUGCUUUCCAGUUUAAAAAAUUAUAAUAUUAUUAUUUCUGUAUAUCCCAUACAGUUACAGUGGGAAGAGUUGAAUGUUUGUGUGUGGUAUUUUUGCUUCAGAGCAUCUUCCCUAGCUAGGCUGUGAAUUAGCCUCAAUAAUUAUUUAUCCUUUAACUUCUCAAUUGGGGCGAGAAGUUUAAUGGCACAUGGUAAAACUCAGCAUUUAAAAUGCAGAACUGCAAAAAAAUAAAAUAUCUAGUGGGGAGGAUCAGAGAUUUUUUUUUUUUUUUUUUUUCAUCUCUUUUGUCAGUCUGUGACAAAUCUAAGUACCCAUGCUCUCUGUUUUCUCUCUCCCACAACUCAUGCAUUCAUCAGUUCUGAAGUGGCACAUUUCUGGAACCGAUACAUACACAGUACUGUUAAGUGUUCAUUUAUAUGCACCUUUUGUCGUGUUUCCUGUACCCUAUAACUAUAUUGGCAUUCAGUCACAAAGCAUCAGAAUCUUGAUUUGUUGAUUGUUAUCCUCUAAAAAUUAAUUAAACAAAAGUUAAGGCAGGACCUAUGUUCAGUCUUUUGUUUAAGUGAUACUGUGUUCGCCAGUUAAGAGCUUGUAUAAUGUUCAAGAUUCAGGAAAAGGAAAGGUAAUGGCCAGGAGAUUGGAAUUGUUGUAAACAUAGCAUUAUAUGAAAGUCCUGUUUGCAAAAAAAGAAUUAAUAUACAGAAAAAGUCGUCGUGUUUGCCCCUACCCUGCUUUCGACUAAACCACUGACCCUAUACAAUGCCUGUGUAAAUUAUGUCUCGUUUUGGUAUUUGAAUAUUUUUGUUUGUUUGUUUGUUUAUUAAAUGGGUGUACAACAGGUGUUUCUUUGUAACCCCUCUUACAAUAAAACAGAUUUUGUUUAAUAAA